GGUAUGAAAACGUCAAUAGCCUUGACUUUUUAAGCGUCUUUCAAAUGCCGCAUAUUUAUAAAGAAAGCACGCAUUUUAAACUUUAUAAGUGAUUGUGAGUUUAUAGAGCAACCAUGGUGAACCCCAUUAAAAUAACCCAUUGCAUUUUUGACAUGGACGGAUUAAUGUUAGAUACAGAAACGAUUUAUGAGAAAGUUUACGACGAAAUCGCCAAUGAAUACGGCAAAAGUUACACUAAUGAAGUAAAAUUAAAGAUAUUGGGGCGCCCGGAAAUCGAUGGGGCAAACAUUUUCGUUCAAGAAUUGGGAAUUCCAUUAACCGGAAAAGAGUUUUUGUCAAAAUUUAAACCUAUUGCAUUAGAAAGGUUGCAAAAUCCGGAAUUUUUACCAGGAGUAGUUAAAUUAAUAAAACAUUUAUCAAAACAUAAUAUUCCAAUGUCAAUUGCAACAUCAAGCGCGGAAGACGUCGCUACAGUUAAGUUGAAAAACCACAAAGAAAUUUUCGAUUUAUUCUACCAUAUGGUGUGUGGUUCGAGUGAUCCUGAAGUAAAAAAUGGAAAACCAGCACCAGAUAUUUACUUAAUUUGUGCUUCAAGAUUUCCGGAUAAUCCUAAACCAGAAAAUGUGCUUGUUUUUGAGGAUGCCCCAAAUGGAGUUGAAGGGGCUAUAACGGCGGGAAUGUCUUGUGUAAUGGUCCCAGAUGAAGAAAUACAAAACAACUUGUCAAAUUUACUAAAAAAACAACCAACUUUAAUAAUAAAUUCGCUGGAAGAUUUUAAACCCGAAUUA